AGAGACUAGAGAGAGUUCUAACUGAUGAUGAUAUACAUAUCACAUAAUAUUAUCAUCAAGAAUUAAUUUAACUUUAGUUUUGCUCCAAAUUAUAAAAUCAAAUUAUGAGCAUAACUGUGAAUGGUCAAUCCCAGGUGCCUCCAGGCUUCAGAUUCCACCCCACUGAGGAGGAGCUUUUGCAUUACUACUUGAAGAAAAAAGUUUGCUCUGAAAAAAUUGAUUUGGAUGUUAUUCAAGAUGUUGAUCUCAACAAGCUUGAGCCUUGGGACAUUCAAGAAAAGUGUAGAAUUGGGUCUACUCCACAAAAUGACUGGUAUUUCUUCAGCCAUAAGGAUAAGAAGUACCCAACCGGAACACGGACUAACCGGGCCACGGCCUCCGGGUUUUGGAAGGCCACGGGCCGCGACAAGGUGAUUUACGGGAGCUCGAGGCGUAUUGGGAUGCGAAAAACUCUCGUUUUUUACACGGGCCGGGCCCCACAUGGCCGGAAGUCUGACUGGAUAAUGCACGAAUAUAGGCUCGACAACAACAGUUUGAUCGCGAGUGGUGUGAUUUGUGACGAGUCGAAAAACGUGCGAAACACGAGUAUAGGCGACGGGACAAUGCAGGACGAAGGAGGGUGGGUCGUGUGCCGAGUGUUUCGCAAGAAAAGCCACGUCAUCAGCCACAAAUCGCUAGCCAACGCCAGCUGGCAAGCGGGCCCCACCAUGGACUCGUGUGGCGACGAGACGCUGGAUCAAAUCAUCCAGUCGAUGGGCGGAAGCCAGCUGGCGAACCACUUGAAACUCCCGAGCCUGCUUGAAACCCAAACCGCCAAUUGCUACCAACCGCAAAAACUACUUAACGGUCGUGAAGAAGUUACGAAAAAUCGUGAAGUCGAGCAGUCGGGAGUUAUUAAGGACUGGGCUGCCCUUGACCGGCUGGUCGCGUCUCACCUCAAUUGCCAGGCGUACGAUGCAGAAAAUGGUUCGAAAAACGAGCCCAACGAAUUUGGUCGUGAGAUUAAUGUCGAAAGCUCUGAAAUGAAUUUCUGCAUUAGUGACAAUCUUGAGGAGGAGGAUGAUAAGAAUGAGGCAUCUAAUGAGCUAAUUUGGAGCUAUGAACGACUGGGAAGCUCAUGUGAAACAAAUGCAUGGGUUAAGUGCAUUUUCCAGCAUGAGUUUUACCUUGAUGAGAACAAGAAACUAAUAUUGGCAAUUUUGGACAACCAGAAUCUUGGAAAACUUGCCGAAUGUGCACAUAUAGGCGACGGGACAAUGCAGGAAAAAGCAGAGUGGGUCAUGUGCCGAGUGUUUCGAAAGAAAAGCCACAUCAUCAGCCACAAAUCGCUAGCCAACGGCGACGCCGCCAGCUGGCAAGCGGGCCCCACCGUGGACUCGUGUGGCGACGAGACAUUGGAUCAAAUCAUCGCCAGCUGGCAAACCACUUGA